AUUUGGUUGUUAGGUCUUGGUUGGGAUGCAGAGCCUCCCAGUUGUAUCGUUUCGCAAUGGAAUCAAUUUAAAGUUGAAUUACCUCAACUCUCUUCGCUUCGUAUCCCUCGUGAGUUGACCCCGGGGGGUGAUUUUGGUUCUGAUUCGUAUCUUUGCACAUUGCAUGGAUUUUGUGAUGCGUCUGAACGUGGCUACGCCGCCGUAGUCUACCUUAGUUUUUCGUUUUCCGAUCGUAAAUCUUGUACUUGUUUAGUUAUUGCAAAAUCUAAAGUAGCUCCCCUCAAGCAGUUAUCCAUUCCUCGUUUGGAACUCUGCGCUGCAGCACUCCUGGCUAAAUUAGUCAAAUUCGUUUUGGACACUUUUCGUGAUAUUGUCGUUAUUGACAAAAUUUUCGCUUGGACUGAUUCUACAAUUGUCCUCAGUUGGAUUCGUUCGUUACCUAGGCAGUGGAAAGUUUUCGUCAGCAAUAGAAUAGCUUACAUUCAUGAACGCAUUCCUCCCGGAUGUUGGCGUCAUGUACCCUCUCAGAAAAAUUCUGCUGACUCAGCGUCUCGUGGCUUAUUGCCAAGUCAGCUACUUUCGCAUCCUUUGUGGUGGUCAGGCCCUGAUUUUUUGACUUUAUCACCUAAUUUCUGGCCUCCAGAGCCAAUAAACAUAAACAUGGCCGAUUGCAAUCGUUGCUUUCGCGUCAACCCCACUACUUAUUGUCCUCCUUCGGCACAUUUACCUUCCCUUCGGGUAAGCCAUCUUAAGGCCUUCAGUGUUGUAGGUUGUGAUUUUGCUGGGCCAUUUACUAUCACCGCAGCUAGAUUUCGUGGAGCAAAAACCCUAAAGUCGUAUUUGUGUAUUUUUGUGUGUUUCGCGACCAAAGCUGUGCACUUAGAAGUCGUUUCGUCGUUAUCUACUGAUGCCUUCAUUGGGUCAGUUAGACGCUUUAUAGCUCGUCGUGGACGUUGUGUCCAAAUUUUUAGCGAUUGUGGUACCAAUUUCGUCGGCGCGAAUAGAGAAUUUAAUCGGUUGAUGAAAAAAUCUGUUGAAUCCCAAGCUAUCGCGUGGUCCUUUAACUCUCCCUCUGCUCCGCACUUUGGUGGGCUUUGGGAAAGCGGCGUCAAAUCGGUAAAAAGACAUUUAGUUAGAGUUGUAGGUAACCAAAUCCUCACUUUGGAGGAAUUCAAUACUGUAGUUAUAGAGAUAGAAGCAAUUCUCAAUUCGAGACCUUUAUGUCCCAUUAGUACUGAUCCUAAUGAUUUAGCUAGCUUGACCCCUGGUCAUUUUUUAACCUUGGAGCCUUUGUCGUCCCCUCCGGAUCCAGACUUAUCCCACUUGAAAUCCUCGCGUCUAGCUCGUUGGCAAAUGGUGCAACACAUGCAGCAGUCAUUUUGGGCGCGUUGGAAAGCAGAAUACUUGCACACUUUGUAUCAGAAAAGCCAUCGGGCUACUGACAAAAAUCUCGUACCGGCCGACAUUGGCACCUUAGUUUUGAUUAAAGAUGAAACCACGCCUCCGUUAAAGUGGAGACUUGGUCGCAUUGACAAUCUUUUUCCCGGUUCGGAUGGAGUCGUUAGAGUUGCCUCCGUUCGUACAAUUCGUGGGGUUCUCAAACGCCCUUUAGUAAAAUUGUGCGCUUUGCCGUCACAAUAAUUUUCGUUUAUUUGCUUUGUUUAAUUUGUUUUAUAGUAAAUUCGUAGUUAGAAUUUGGUGGGCGGUAUGUUGCGUCCCCAAACUAGAAUAAAAUAUCCUUUCGUUUUUCCUUUAGUGAAAAUCCCCUGUACAUAACCGUUUUGCCUUGCCUGUAUAUA